AUGUUGGGCAGGCCAAGUGAUAAAGAUCUCGCUGCCUCGGUAGUGCCGGAAUAUGCCCAAUCGUGGGACAAGGAGGUGGAACGCCGAGUGGUUCGCAAGAUCGAUUUGGCCUUGAUCCCAUUGAUGUUCUUUGGCUAUGGACUGGUUUACUAUGAUAAGGCAAUUCUGGGUGGCGCAGCAGUCUUUGGCAUGGUGACCGAUCUGCACCUGAAAGUGGUCACAGACCCAACCACGACACCACCGAAAGUGUCAACCACUCGCCUCAGCUGGGCGACCUCGUUGUUCUAUUUCGGCAUGCUUGCCGGCGUCGGCCCGUUGACUUACUUGUUUCAACGCUUCCACCUGGGCCGCACGGUGGGCCUGGUAGUGAUCUCAUGGGGUGUCAUUGCCAUGUCAACCGCCGGCGUCACAACGUACAAGGGCCUCUGGGCACAACGGUUCUUCCUGGGCUUCGCAGAGUCAAUUGUGCCGACAUCUUUCAUGGUUAUUGUGAGCGGGUUCUACACCCAGGCCGAGCAGACAUGGCGACAGUGUCUCUGGUACUCCGCAACCGGGGCAUGGACGGUCAUCGGGGCCUUGAUCAAUUACGGCUUUGCUCACAUCACAGGGGGUGACCUCAAGAAAUGGCAGUAUCUGUAUCUGAUGGCAGGGGCACUCACAGUCCUGUACGGUUGCAUAUUUCUGUUCUUUCCGAACUCGCCGGCACAGGCAUGGUGGUUCACGGAUGAAGAGCGCAGAGUCGCGAUUGAAAGGCUGCGCAUGAGCCAAUUGGGCGUGAGAUGUCAGAAGAUCAAAUGGUCGCAGUUCAAAGAAGCGUUGCUCGACUUGAAAGUCUGGAUGAUCGCGAUCAUGAUGGGUGCAGCAUACUCAGUCAAUGGUGCCGUGUCGGGAUUCGGCCCGUUGAUCGUGUCGACGUUCGGUUGGUCCGCGUAUGAUUCGCUCUUGUGGCAGAUGCCCAUGGGCGGAGUUUGCACCGUGGGGAUAUUGCUUGCCGGUUUCCUCAGCCUCAAGGUGCCCAAUGUCCGGCUAAUCAUGCUGAUUGCAUGCUCCCUGCCUGUCAUUGCUGGCUGCGCCAUGAUAUGGAAAAGCAGCUGGUACGAGCAUGCGGCCGCACCCAUCGCCGGCUACACCAUCAUUGGGUUCUUUGCCCCUGUCACCAGCUUGACUGUCAGUAUGGGUAUGGCUAACGUUGCCGGCAACACCAAGAAGAGCUACAUGGCGGCGGCGACGUUUGUUUUUUACACUGUCGGGAACAUCGCAUCCCCUUUCUUCAUCGUCUAUGAAACCGUCGGGCAGCAUUAUCCCAGGUUAUGGGAGGGCAUCAUCGGCUGUUACGUUCUCGUGAUUGUCCUAGCGGUCGCUCUGUCCUUCCUGCUUCGUUCGGAGAACCAAAAGAGAGACAAGCUGAGUCUCGACGAAAAGGAGGCGGAACGCGUUGCCUUUGACGACUUGACGGACAAGGAAAACUUGUAUUUCAGAUAUGUUUACUGA